AUGGGCACUGACCGGCUAGAUGAAGCAAACAAUUACAAGGAGCAGGGCAAUGUGGCAUUCAAAAACGCCGACUGGAUGACUGCAGUGGCUCAGUACUCCAAAGCCAUUGAUGUCCUCAACAAUGACAGCCAUGAUAUGGCUGUUUACCUCAAGAACAGAGCAGCUGCUUAUCUCAAGCAGGAGAAGUUUGAAGAUGCCAUCAGGGAUUGUGACAAGAGCCUGGAGCUUGCUCCCAUGGAUCCCAAAGCAUUGUUUAGGAGAUGCCAAGCACUGGAAGCAGUUGAAAGAUUUGAGGAAGCCUACAGAGAUGCUACCCAAUUAUUAAAAGUAGACCCAAGCAACAAGGCAAUCCAACCAGUAUUAGAGCGCCUGUUCAAGAUUACACAGAAGAGAGCCAAAGAGAAUUCACAAGUUUCAAACAAAGUGGACUCCAUGAUCAAACUCUGCUUUGAUGUGUCAAGCGAUCGAGAAAAACGCGAGAGUGCCUUCAAUAAUCUACUAGUUCUAGCUCGCGAGAAGGCCGGUUCAGAGAUAAUGCUGAAGAAACUAGUUGUGCAACAAAUCAAACGCCUUCUAAAAGUAGAAAAGAGCAAGGAAAUCUACGUGACAAGCAUCCGCAUCAUCGGUGAGCUAUGCAAACACGGCCCGGAGCGUACACGACACAUUCUACGCGAUGUAGGAAUCCCAUGGUUUCUUGAAAUUCUCGACUCGACUAAUGCAGAGCAAGUUAACGCCGCGCAAUAUUGCAUGCAAGUAAUAUUAAACUCCUUCUCCGGUAUGGAAAACAAACCGGACACGAAACCCGUACAGAGUAUGUGUGAACAACACAAAGCAGAAAUCGACACACUACUCAGCUGCUUAGUAUACGCCAUUAACAACCGGAUGAUCAGCGGGCUCGCACGCGAUUCCAUCAUGGAACUGCUAAUGCGUAACAUUCACUACACAUAUCUCUCAUGGGCGGAGCGUUUGGUAGAGAUUGGAGGCGUUGAGAGACUCAUGGAAGUCGCUUCGGAAUUAGAAGAGUACAAAUAUGAGUCCGCAAUGGCUAUAACGCCAUCUACACGUACAGUCGCCGCUGUGUGUUUGGCACGCGUCUAUGAAAACAUGUACUAUGACCAAGCGCGAGACAAGUUCAUGUCUCACAUUGAUGUCUUCCUCAAAGAGAAACUACUAUCGCCUGAAAUCGAGCAUAAAGUAAGGGUGAUUGUGGCCAUUACCGCAUUAUUACGCGGUCCCUUGGAUGUGGGCAACGCUAUCAUCGGCAAAGAAGGUAUCAUGGAGAUGAUUUUAGUCAUGGCGAACACUCUGGACGAUCCGCUGCAACAGAAAGUCGCUGUCGAAUGUAUUAUUGCUGCUGCUAGUAAAAAGGACAAAGCCAAGGCUAUUAUCACUCAAGGUGUAGACAUACUUAAGAAACUCUAUGUGUCUUCCAAUGAUAACAUCCGUGUGCGUGCGCUUGUUGGUUUGUGUAAACUUGGUAGUUCUGGAGGUAAUGAUGCUUCCAUCAAACCAUUCGCCGAUGGUUCUAAUUUGAAACUAGCCGAAGCUUGUCGACGUUUCCUGUUGCAUCCUGGUAAGGAUCAGGAUAUUCGCAAGUGGAGCGCGGAGGGUCUGAGUUAUUUGACCUUGGAUGCCGAGGUGAAGGAGAAGUUGAUCGAGGACAAACCUGCUCUGCUGGCACUCAUUGAAUUGGCCAAGACAGGUGAUCAGAGUGUGUUGUAUGGUGUAGUUACCACUCUGGUAAACUUAUGCAAUGCAUACGAGAAGCAGGAAAUGGUUCCCGAGCUUGUUGAGUUGGCCAAGUUUGCUAAGCACCAUAUCCCCGAGGAGCAUACAUUCGACGAUCCGGAUUUUGUUACUAAACGCUUGAUGAUUCUAGGAGAAGUUGGUGUUACCACAGCGCUUGUUGCCCUGGCUAAAACAGAGUCACAUAAUUCAAAGGAACUGAUUGCUAGGGUGUUUAAUGCGUUGUGUUCAGAGAAGGAGCUUAGGGGUAUUGUUGUGUCGCAGGGCGGGUCCAAGACGUUGAUUCCUCUGAGUCUGAAUGGUACUGAUAUGGGGAAACGUCAUGCGGCGCAAGCGUUGAGUCGUAUCGCCAUCACGAUGAACCCAGAAGUGGCUUUUCCUGGUCAACGAGCCUUGGAAGUCAUUCGUCCGUUGAUUAACCUCCUGGCGAAUGAUUGUACAGCGCUGGAAAACUUUGAAGCGUUAAUGGGUUUGUGUAAUAUUGCGCAGAUGAGCGAGCAGGCACGCCAGCGUAUUUUGAAAGAAGGUGGUCUUGGUAAAAUUGACCACUAUCUUUAUGAAGACCAUCUAAUGCUGUGCCGUGCCGCCGCACAGGCUACCUGCAACAUGGCGAUGUCUCCUGAUGUCGUCAAAGUCUACGAAGGUGACAAUGACAAAAUGAAGUUCAUGGUUGCAUUGGUCCUCGAUGAAGACUUGGAAACCACGAUGGCUGCGUCAGGCGCCCUUGCUAUUUUGACUUCCAGCAGCGAGAAAUGCUGCGAGAAGUUCUUCGAUGCUAAGUCGUGGGAGGAAUCGAUUAAGUACAUGUUAUCACAUGCGAAUGUUGACGUGCAGUAUCGCGGUGUUGUUAUCUUGCGCAACCUGCUCGCCAAUUCGAAAGAGUUGGCGGAAAAGAUCAUUGCCACUGAUGUUAUGGAGGUGACCAUGGCGGUGACGAAGUUGGAGGAUGAAACAAGACGUAAGGUUAUUGUAAUUGCCGAAGAAUGUCUGCAAAUUGCGGAGAAGUACGGAAUCAUUAAGAAACCCACUGAAGUGGAUCCAUUCCUGCUGGCCGAACAAGAACGUCGCAUGAACGCUCUAAACCUGGGGGAGGAGGAGGAAGAGUAGUCUUCACCCUAGAAUCAUUUGUAUCUUGUAUUUAUUUUGUAUGAUGAUUGCAAUAUAUUGAGUAUGUUGAUGAAA